GGGCGAAAUAUCCCUUUAAACACCCAAUCAGAGACGACUACGAAACACUUGUUGUAUUGCCGCGCCUCAGCCAAUCGGCGUUGGCCUUCAAUAACAAUCUGACCAAUGACAUUCGAGAAUGUUCACACGCUGAGCCUCAGGAAGUUGAUGAUGUGUAUGUUUAGUACACAACCACGGUGACGCUGUACACAAGUGGUUGUCUGAAUCAACUUCUCGUUCGGUUAUUGUCGGCUGGUUUCGGCUCAGAGCCUCGCGGGCGACGGCGAGAUAAGUAGCUAAGUUACGAUCUGUUAAAGUUUGUGUACCUGAGCUGAAUCCCCUCGUAGGUGUCGGCGUCUCGCAGCGGUCAUGUCGGCCGUGCUCUCCUCCCUGACGCCGGCCCCGCAGCUCUCCUAGCUGGGGCAGGCCACGGAUGGGGUCCCGUGUCCCCAGAGCAUGGAGGAUUUAACCGGGCACCACCAUGGCUGCCGUGACGGCGUGGCGUUUCACCAGCGGCCGUGUCCUCGGAGGAUGGGGCCCGCUGCUGUGCGUCCUCCUGGGCUCUCUGGUGGCCCUGCUGAUGCCGCUGGUGGGAGUGGAGGAGCAGUGCUGCGCCGCCCUGAGGGGCAUCGCCCAGCUCCGCUGCCAGCUGUGGGGGAGUCCUCCGCAGCCCCCGGCCGUGCUCUCCACCAGCCUCAGCGUCCCCUUCACCGCCCUGGACGUGCUGCCCCAGAGGUCCAAGCCCAGCAAAGAGAUGGUGCUGGAGGCGAGAGCAGCACUGCAGCAGGCUCUGGAGAUGAAGAAGCUGGGGAAGAGGGAGAAGGCUCACAAGCUACUGGCGCAUGCACUGAGUAUGAACCCUGACUUCGUGGAUGCCCUGACGGAGCUGGGGACCAUUCUGGAGGAGGAGAAGGAUGUUGUCCAGGCAGACCACCUCUACACCAAGGCCUUGGCCAUUUCUCCAUGUAAUGAGCGGGCUCUGGUCAGCAGAGAUCGAACUCUACCAUUGGUGGAAGAGAUUGACCAGCGUUACUUUAGCAUCAUUGACAGCAAAGUGCGUAGGCUUAUGUCCAUUCCGAAAGGCAACUCUGCACUCCGCCGAGUGAUGGAGGAAACGUACUAUCACCACAUAUACCACACGGUGGCCAUUGAAGGCAGCACGCUCACUCUGUCUGAAAUCCGCCACAUCCUUGAGACGCGUUACGCCGUCCCUGGGAGAAGCCUGCAGGAGCAGAACGAGGCCAUUGGCGUGGAUGCGGCCAUGAAGUACAUCAACACCACGCUGUUGUCCAGAUCGGGAGCCAUCACAGUCAGUGACAUCCUGGAGAUUCAUCGGCGGGUGCUCGGCUACGUGGACCCUGUGGAGGGGGGGAGGCUGCGCACCAGCCAGGUUUUCGUGGGCCACCACAUCCCACCUCACCCUCAAGACCUGCAGAGACACAUGCAGGAGCUGGUUCAGUGGCUCAACUGUGAUGAGGCCCUGCAGCUGCACCCCGUGGAGAGUGCAGCCCUUGCCCACUACAAACUGGUGUACGUGCACCCAUUUAUAGAUGGAAACGGACGCACAUCACGCCUGCUCAUGAACCUGGUGCUCAUGCAAGCGCGAUACCCACCAAUCACAAUUCGGAAAGAACAAAGGGCGGAAUAUUACGCAGCUCUGGACACAGCCAAUGAGGGUGAUGUACGUCCUUUCAUUCGCUUUAUAGCCAAGUGUACAGAGAUAACGUUGGACACGUUACUGAUUUCUACAACAGAGCACGCCGUAGGGCUGCCGGCAGCCGGCCAGGACCAGGCCUGUCCCGACUGCAAACAGACCAUCCCAAUUCACAACUGAGCUUGAGGUUGGGAGGAGAAAAGAAGCUUGAAUCUAAGACCCUCUUUAAUAACAAUCCUAUCUUAAUGUGUGGAAUUGUCUUUCCCCUAGGUUGAAUCCUACUUUAUCUGCUGAAUUUAUUCAAAUUGCUUCAGGAUGAUUCAUUGAAAUGGAAUUUUGCUGUGUUUAGGUUUGCUUUUGUACAAACCUUUUCCCCACUUUUAGUUUGAGGAGUUUAAGGAAUUUUGAUUCCCAUCAGAAUCCAGUUUGAAGUUUGACUACUAGUGAUGUGACGAGGAAAUGGCUUCCUUUGUCCACUGGCUUGAGAUGCUUCAGUGAUUUCCACUGUGUGAACAUUGAGUUCACUAUCGUUGGGAUAAAGAUGUCUCGUGACACUGUAAAGCACUUUCAGUUAUUUGAAUAUUUAUUCGAUGAUGAAAUUAAAAGUGUUGUAUUAACUUUGAUUGUCUUUAGGUUAUAAAAUUGUAAAAUGAACUACGCAGUGAGUGCCAUACUUGGAUCAAAGAUGAUUUACAUGACUUUAUUAAAACAAGUUUUAGACCAGAAAAAAACUAUGACAUGACGUUUUUUUUUUACAGAACCCAAAAACACAAGGGUAAAAAAAAGGUACAUAACAAAACAAGCAGAAAAAUAAAUACAGUAAUGGAAAAAAAGCCAUUUACUAUUCACAUCUUUACCAAAUUCAAAACAUUGACUAGAAAUAAACAAAACAACAGCAAUGCACACACACUGUGCCACCAUUGGGAAGGUGACUCAUAGAGAUCAACAUAUUCAGAUUUUUUUUAA